ACCAUUUUCAUAAUUUUAGCACCUGUAUCAAUAUGGAAGAAAUCGAGCUUAAAGGGCUUAGAUAUAUACCGCAUAGGUAGUAUGGAAUUGGAAUCCCAAGAAUUCGUUAGAUUAAAAAAUAGCCCAUCAGUGAUUCUACUGAAUAGAGCGACGAAUGAGCGAAAUCUCGAUGGAAUGAUCCUGCAUCAGGAAAAUGUAUUAGGUGUACCGAAUGGUUAUGUAGAAAUUGACAAAGCAGGCGAAUAUUAUUGUGCUCGUUCAUAUGGAGACUGUGGAGCGGAUCUUCCGAUUUUUCGUUUUCGAACUGAUUCUUCAUCAGCGACCAAAUAUGCUUAUUCAUUUGGCCAUGAAGCAACAUUUCCUGGCUAUAUGAAAGAAUUAAUACCAAUGUCGGCACAAAAUAAAUGUCAAACUCUAUCAAACGUGUCUGAUGGACAAAUAAUUUAUCAACACAGUGAAAAAGGGAUUACACCGGUCGGCACAUCAGCAACACUAAAAUGUGACGAAGGACUUGUACCAGCAGGAAUUUCAGUGCUUAUAUGUACGAAUACCGGAUGGUAUCCACAUGGUACAUUAGGUCAAUGUGUUCCGAAUGUCUCAGGAGCAAAAGUUGAUUCAUGGAACGCUAUUACAAUUAGUUGCCCACAAUUAUCCAAUCCAGACAAUGGACGCAUUAUUUAUAGCCAAUAUCAAUCGAAUAAUUUACCAAAUGGCACUUUAGCUCGCUUGCAAUGUUCUGAUGGCUUUCUAUCGACAGGGUCUAUUAAACAAAUAAAAUGCGAAUAUGGACGGUGGUCACCGCCAAGCCUUGGACUUUGUGAGAAAAUAUCGGAUAAAUGUCAAGAACUCCCAAAUGUACCAAAUGGUGAAAUCCAUUAUACCAAUUACGAUAGUAAUCAUUUUUCGGUUACAUCCACUGCUGAACUAUUUUGCAAUGAUGGCUUUCGAAAUGACGGUUUAGCAAUGUUGACUUGUCAAAUCCAAGGUUGGUAUCCAGAAUCAAGUCUUGGUCCAUGCAAUCAUGUGAGUUUUUUUUCAUAUACAUCAAAUCAGCAAUGCACAAUCGGUUUUCCUCAACCAGCAAACGGUAAUAUACUCUACUCAACUGCUUCAAAUUCUGCGCCAUUUCCUUCCUUAACAAUAGCUACAUUAAUUUGCAAUCUGGGAUUUUCGGCUCUUGGAAAUACGUCUUCAACAUGUAUCAAUGGUGUUUGGACACCAUCACAGCUGGGCGAAUGUUCAGCGCUAGGUAAUAGGGCUUCAGUUAAUAAUCCAUUAAUUCUUAGCCAAUCUCAGUGUAUGGUGGGGUUGCCACCAGUUUUUGCUGGUCAGAUCAAUUACUCUACAACUUCAACUGUUCCUCCAUUUCCAUCUGGAACAACAGCCACUCUUGUUUGUAACACCGGAUUCUCACCCAUUUCAAAUACAAUUAGUACAUGUAUAGGUGGAUUAUGGAAUCCACCUACUUUAUCUUCAACAAGUUUCGGGCAAUGCCCCGACGUGGCACCAGUCACUAAUGGCUUUAUAAAAUACUCAGAUGGAGGAGCAUCUUCGCACGCUUCAAAUACCACUGUCAUUGUUAGUUGCAAUCUUGGUUUUUCUCUGUCAGGAACUGCAUCAAGUACAUGUCAAAAUGGGCUAUGGAUUCCACCUGUAUCUGCCAUUUGCACUCAGUCGAAUUCAAAUUCGACACAAGGAUCUUGCAUGGGAAUUAUGCCUCCUCUUUAUGGAAAUAUCCAGUAUUCAACAAGUUCCCUCACCACUUACCCAUCGGGAACAACUGCCACAUUAGUUUGCAAUCUUGGAUUUAUUCCUUCUGGACAAUCUUCAACAAUCUGUAAAAGUGGACAAUGGGAUCCGCCGAUUCUCGGAAUAAACGGAGGACUGGCAGUCGCAGGAAAUACAGGGGCUAGUUGUAAUCUAGAAAUUCCGUCAGUUUUGAAUGGUGCUAUACGUUAUUCUUUGGGUACAACAGCACCAUUUUUAAGUGGGACAACAGCAGUUUUAACGUGUAAUAGUGGAUUCAUGCCAAAUGGAAAUACCUUAUCAUUUUGUUCAAAUGGAAUCUGGUCUCCAUCAUUCGGGCAAUGCAUCGCUCCUGGUACGCAUUAA